GGUAAACAUGGCGUCUCAAAGGGAGAAAUGUGCUGACCAAAUGAAGCUCUGGCAGGAGAGCCGGGGCUCGCAGAAACCAGAUGGCGUCACCACAUGAGGUGGCAACCCAAUAUCUGACAAGGGCAACCUACUAACCGCUGGUCCAAGGGGACCACUGCUGCUGCAAGAUGUGGCAUUCUUGGAUGAAGUAGCUCAUUUUGACAGAGAGAGGAUCCCCGAAAGAGUCGUUCACGCAAAAGGCGGAGGGGCUUUUGGAUAUUUUGAGAUUACGCAUGACAUCACUAAAUACAGCAGAGCCAAAGUAUUCGAAUACGUUGGAAAACGAACACCAAUUGCCGUGAGGUUCUCCACUGUUGUGGGAGAAUCUGGCUCUUCUGACACAGUUCGAGACCCUCGAGGGUUUGCAGUAAAAAUGUACACAGAAGAAGGAAACUGGGAUCUAACUGGCAAUAACACCCCCAUCUUCUUCAUCCGAGAUGCCAUGUUGUUUCCAUCAUUCAUCCAUUCUCAGAAGAGAAACCCCCAGACUCAUCUCAAGGAUCCAGACAUGGUCUGGGAUUACUGGUCACUGCUCCCUCAAUGUCUUCACCAGAUUUCAUUCCUGUUUUCUGAACGUGGCAUUCCAGAUGGCUUCCGCCACAUGAACGGCUAUGGGUCACACACCUUCAAGCUUGUGAAUGCCAAAGGUGAAGCCGUGUACUGCAAAUUCCAUUAUAAGACUGACCAGGGCAUUCGCAACCUUACCGUGGAGGAUGCACAGCGCUUGGCUUGUGAAGACCCGGACUAUGCAAUCCAUGACUUGUAUGAAGCCAUCGCCAAUGGGAACUUCCGAUCUUGGACCUUCUACAUCCAGGUCAUGACCUUCCAGGAAGCAGAGAAAUUCAAAUUAAACCCAUUUGACUUGACCAAAAUCUGGCCUCAUGGGGAUUAUCCACUCACCCCUGUGGGUAAGCUGGUGCUGAACAGGAACCCAACAAACUACUUUACAGACGUGGAGCAGCUUGCCUUUGACCCAAGUAACAUGCCCCCUGGAAUUGAGCCAAGCCCUGAUAAAAUGCUUCAGGGUCGUCUCAUCUCCUACCCGGACACACACAGACACCGCCUGGGUGCAAACUACCUGCAGCUACCUGUGAACUGCCCAUACAGGGCUCGCGUGGCCAAUUACCAACGCAAUGGGCCCAUGUGCUUUUCUGAUAACCAGGGUGGCGCUCCAAACUAUUUCCCCAACAGUUUCUCUGCUCCUGAAAGCCAGUCUUGCGUGAAGGAACACAAGUUUAAAGUGUCCUCUGAUGUAGCACGUUACAACAGCACAGACGAAGAUAAUGUCUCCCAGGUGAGAGACUUCUACAGGAAAGUGCUUAAUGAAGAGGAACGCAAGCGUCUGUGUGAGAACAUCGCUGGACAUCUGAAGGACGCGCAGAUCUUCAUCCAGAACACAGCAGUGAAAACUUUCAUGGAUGUUGACCCUGAAUAUGGCUCCCAGGUCAGGGCCCUUCUGGAUAAAUACAACGCGGAGUGCCCAGCAAAGAAACCUGUGAAAACAUACUCCCAGUACUCUUCUUACCCAACUUCAAAAGACAAAUCCAACUUGUAACCUGCCUACGUCUAAAGAAUUAUCC